AUGCCUCCAAAAAGAACCUCUAAGAACGCUGAGAACAGCAACAAGAAACUGCGAAUCAAGCAGUAUAAACUUUCUGGAUUUGAGGAAGAGAAGAAGUCAAAGAAGGCACAUGGUUUCUGGAACAAUACCAAAGAGUUGGUGCUCUUACAGGAAUACGCGCACCUUUUCCCCCCUUCUUUGAAGAAAGGUGCACACAAGAAGGCAUGGCGGGACAUUGUUAAAAGUGUCAAUGACGUGACACCUGGCAAGACAGAGCUGUCUUACAACACUUGCCGUCGCAAAAUGUUGAAACUUGUAGACAUCUACAAGAAUGCCUUUGAGGAGAGGACUGUUGCUGAUACCUUGGGUGCAAAUAGAAACAGGCCAGAGGUAGAGAAGGCUGUCCGAAAGAUCCUUGACAAGAAAGAGCAGCACAAGGCGUUCAAGGUUUUUGGUCAUAAUAAGGAGAUUGCCAGACAGGACUUUAAGCUUGGCCUUGAAGGCCGUGUACGGGCAAUUGCGUCAGGAGCUCCUGACCAGAUCACAAAUCUCAGGCAAAAAUACCAAGAUUUUAUCAAAAAGAUCAAUGCAGAAAUGCAUGAAAAUUUCCCAGCAGAGAGCUCUGCUAUGGCUGCGGCCCAACCAGUUGGCAGUCAAGCUAGCUCAGCUAGCAUUGAGGAUGAGGAGGGCAAGGAGGGCGGGGAGAAUGAGAACGCAGAUAAGGAGAAUGAGAACGUGGAUGAGGACGUGGAUGAGUACGUGGAUGAGGUCGAGGAUGAGGAUCAUCUGAAGGUGGGAAAUGAAGUCCCAGAGUCCCAGGCUACCCACCAUGCUGAAGUCAUGGGGGUGCUGAAGCAGAUACUUCAGAAGAUGUGCAAUAUCAAAGAGGAAUUAAAAAAAACAAGAAAAUAA